UCGUUCAGCCUAGAAGGACUUCGCGAGAUCAAUCAAUCAAUCAAUCAUCAACCUGUUUCAUCUGCGCCUAUCCCUCGUUCAUCAACUCUCAUCUCGCUGUUUCUCUAUCUUGACUGUUGUCCUGUGAUCUUUGGUACGGCAUAUGUCGCUCCCGAUCUAAGCAGUUCAACACCAUGAUUAUCGCCUCGCUUCUCGCCGCAGGCGCCCUGUCCCUCCGUGCUGCCGCCUUCCUGGUGGUGCCCGAGUUCGACACCGUCUCUGCGCCGUUUCCCAAGGCAGUCAACCCGCACGGUUUGGCACAGGUGUCUCUCAAGUGCACUGAGUGCCCAUUUCCUGAGAGUGAUGCUGAUGGAAAGGUGUCUUGGACGGAGGGAUUGGAUACGGCUCUGGAUCUCAACAUCUCCAUCGAAAAUGAAAACACUCUUGUGAUCAACGGCAACCAGGUCUUCCCGCCACCCCCGCCUCCCUUGAGCAUUGAUGCAGUCCAGCGAAACAUCGCUGAUGGCCGAGAGAGCGAUCCCAUUCCUCUGGGAUUCGCCCUUGAAGUCGAGCCUCUGGUGGCCCCCAUGGAUGAGCCAGGCCCCGAGCUGCUUUCCCUUCGCUUCACCGUCCUUGACCUUGCUGGCCAUCCCGUGCCGCUGAACACGGUGAUUAUCGCGCUCAUCAAGGAUGAAUCUGGAGCACUCUACAUUGCGAAGACCGACGUUGAGGCAACGAAGACGGACAUUGUUUCCUGGAGACAAUGCCGUGGUAAGCCCAAGUGUCUGCAGACGUUGCUCUUCUCUCGCGUCCGCGCCCUGGUGGAAUCAGCAAAGGCCCGCAUGAUGAGAGCCAAAGCCAGGCUGAUGGGCUCCAAGGGCUGCCACGGCGGUCCUCGUUUCCCGAUGGAAGCUUCCCGCCCCCCUCGUCCAUUCUUCGACGAGGAGCCUCCGUUUUCCCGUCACGGCGGCCCGCCUCACCGUCGUCCUGGCCAUGGUGGUCGCCAUCACUUCCACCACAUGCACCGUAGCGGUUGGGAACGCACUUUCUCUCGCGUAUUCCGCUUCAUUCUUGUCCCUGCUGUCCUGGGUGUUCUUGCAGGUCUGGUGGCUAGCGCACUCGGCAUGCUGGUCGGUCAGGUCGUUGUCUUCCUGUGGCUCCGCUACCGCCGCUCUACCACGGACAGGUCCGUGUCUGCAGUGGAGGAGGGCAACGAUAUGGAGAAGGAGGCUCUUAUUGCUGAGCCCGCGGAUGAUUUUCCUCCAGAGUAUGACGACGAGAAACACGGGGCUAUUGUGCUCCCUGCUGAAAAGCAGUAGACAUCUGGCACGUAAAAAAGGAAAAACUGGGGUUCCGUCCACCCACAAUGGUUACUGGUCAACCAAUACUGUGGAUAUGGUAGAAUGAUAUGCAUUUCGGUGGGAAAUUGGAUGGAACGGUUUUAUGGCAACCCUUACUGUGACUUUUGAUGUGGGCACGACGCCUUCUUUCCUUUAGUGUCUUUUUUUUCAUUUCUUUAUCUCUUCAUAUCUUCAUUUCUUUUCCUGUCGUAGUUAGGCGUAAAACUACCAAUUUUCUGUACAAUAUCCAGAUCCGUGUCUCCGUAUUAUUAUGCAGCAUUGUAGUGUAUUCCUCUUGUCGAUCAUCGUGG